GGUGGACCAAACUUAAAAGCAACGGAAAAGCGCCAAUGAGGUAAAAGAAAGAAACACCACGCACGCAAAGACCCAUUUCACACAAUUGUACACUACACAGCACAGCCUCCGCCGUUGAGCAGAUGAUGAGAAGCCAAUUAUUAGGUGCGGUUUUCAUCUUCUUCUCCUCUCUAUUCGAAACACCAACACCAACACCAACACCAACACCAACCCCAGCAGCUACCCAAUCAGUCUCUGUGAGCGACUACGGCGCCGUGGGCGAUGGCGUCCACUACGACACCCUCCACAUCCAGGCCGCCAUCGACGCCUGCUCCUCCGCUCCCGGAGUCUGCCGCGUCUUCUUUCCUCCCGGAACCUAUCUAACCUCUACUCUCUUUCUCAAAUCUGGGGUUGUUUUGGAUCUUCAUAGAGGCGCCAAGAUAUUAGGGGGAACCAAGUUGGAGGACUAUCCAGCCGAGUCGUCUACCAGGUGGUACGUGGUGCUGGCCGAGGACGCCGACGAUGUGGGGAUCACCGGUGGAGGGGAGAUCAACGGCCAGGGGUUGAAGUUCGUGGAGAGGUUCGAUGAGAGGAAGAACGUGAUGGUGAGUUGGAAUCGGACUGGGGCAUGCUUCGGAGAUGAGUGCAGGCCCAGACUCGUUGGCUUCCUCCGUUGCCGUAAUGUUCGCGUCUCCAACAUCAGCUUGAUUGAACCGGCCUACUGGUGUUUGCACCUAGUACAGUGUGAAAACUCAUUCAUUCAUGAUGUUUCUAUCUAUGGAGAUUUCAACACACCCAACAAUGAUGGGAUAGAUAUAGAGGAUUCAAAUAAUACAGUCAUCACGAGGUGCAACAUCGAUACAGGAGAUGAUGCAAUCUGUCCGAAGACAUCCAGUGGCCCCCUCCAUAACCUAACGGCAACAAAUUGUUGGAUCAGAACAAAAUCUUCAGGAAUCAAGCUUGGUAGUGCUAGUUGGUUUGCAUUUAAGGGCUUGGUAUUUGACAAUAUCACCAUUGUAGAUUCUCAUCGGGGGCUUGGGCUGCAGAUACGUGAUGGAGGAAAUGUAAGUGACAUUACUUUCUCAAACAUAAAUAUCAGCACAAGAUAUUAUGAUCCCUCGUGGUGGGGUAGAGCGGAGCCUAUUUAUGUGACAACCUGCCCUAGGCACAGAAACUCAAAAGCAGGUUCAAUCUCCAAUGUGCAGUUUGUCAACAUCACAGCAAAAUCAGAAAAUGGCGUCGUCUUACUAGGAUCAAGAGGGGGGGUUUUAAGAAAUCUGAAAUUCUUAAAUGUCAAUAUCACUUACAAAAGAUGGACAACUUAUGAUGGUGGAUUGGUAGAUUACAGGCCGGGAUGUGAAGGGCUUGUUAAACACAGCAUGGCAGGGAUCAUCAUGGAGCAUAUUGAAGGCCUGGAGGUUGAAAACCUAAACAUGAGAUGGUCCAAAGAUCGAUCGGCGCAAUGGAAUAAUCCUCUGGACUUCAGGCCAUCAACUGUAAAUGACAUUUCUUUGCUCAAUUUUCACUCAGCCCUGCACAGAGAGUAAAUGUUUUCCCAACCGUGGAGAAUGAAAUUCUUUCACGGGAAUAAAUUCGAGUCACAAUGAAGACUCUGUUUGGUUUAGUUUUUAAAAUGAGUUUUUGAGCUGUAUUUUGAACAAUAAGUUGUUGAAAAGAAUUUUAUAAGUUCAAAAUUCAUUUGGUUAUGAGUUCUGAAAA